CUCCUCUGUGUAGUUGGUAGUUUGGGUGGUGAAGAGAUGGCUGGCAGCGUCAAAACCUUUCUCCAGGACCUUGCCAGGGGCAUCAAAGACUCCCUGUGGGGAAUUUGUACCAUCUCAGAGCUAGAUGCUCGGAUUCGGCACAAGAGAGAGGAGCAGCGUGGAAGAGGGGCAAGCCCCGUGCUGGCACAGAGGAGAGCGCAGAGUACAGAAAGGAAGCAAGAGAGUGAGCCACGUAUGCUUAGUAGAGAUUUCCAGUGUUACGCUUGGAACGGUGGAAUAUUCUGGUUAAGCCUCUCGUUUUAUUGAGUGUUUCUUCCUGUACUGCAGUCAGUGACAGCCCAAAUUAUUGGCGACCCCUCACAACAUGGAGAUGUUUGGUCGUGGCUGGAAUUCUUCCUUAUGUCCAUUUUCAGUGCUCUUUGGGUGCUCCCUCUGUUUGUGCUUCGCAAAGCUGUAAAUGCCAGUGGAUUUCAAGACAUAGCUGACCUGGCAUUUGAGGUAUGGGGGAGGAAGCCUCACCCAUUCCCUGGUGUCAGCAAAAUAAUUGCUGACAUGCUCUUCAGCCUUUUGCUGCAGGCUCUUUGCCUCAUCCAGGGCAUGUCUGUGAGUCUCUUUCCCAGCCACCUUGUUGCUCAGCUGGUUAGUCUUCUGCAUAUGGCCCUUCUCUACUCGCUGGACUGCUUUGAAUAUCGUUGGUUCAGUAAAGGAAUUGAAAUGCACCAGCGGUGGUCAAACAUAGAAAGGAACUGGCCUUACGACUUUGGAUUUGGCUUGCCCUCCGCCUUCCUCGCAGCGAUGCAGUCCUCAUGCAUUAUCAGUGGCUGCCUCUUCCCCAUCCUCUGUCUUCUAUUCAUUAUCAGCGCCAAGGAAGCGAAGACCCCUGGCAAAGCCUACCUUUCCCAGCUGCCCCUCUUCUCCUUGGCGGUUUUCUUAAGCAACAGACUUCUCCACAGGACGGUCUACCUGCAGUCCGCGCUGACUAGCUCAACCUCCACAGAGAAAUUCCCUUCACCGCAUCGGUCUGCUGCCAGACUGAAGGCUGCCUCAGGCCACUCAGUCGCCUGCCAUCCAGAGGGGAUGGCUGGGAUUGGAAGAGGCCAUAGCAGCUCUUUCCCUUGUCCCCGCCUCUGCCAGGGAAGGCAGGACCCGCUCUGCCGAGGGCCCUCUGCGUAUUCCCUUCUCGCUGAGGAAUUGGGACUUUUGUCUCUAGUGCACUUAAGGCAGAAUCUUCCUGACACCCGUGUGUGGAUUUUUAACACCGGUGAGUCUGAAUGGACCACAGGUUUUUCUGUAGUUCUUUUCUGGCACUUGCCAGCCCCCAUGCCUGGACUGAUUGGAAUACUGUUUUUGUCCCUGUGCCAUCGACCCUCUCAGCUCCCCGUCCUGCCUUCCACCACCCUCGGAUGA